AUGACGGAAAGGAAUUUACCUCAAACCGAUACUCCAACAUCAUCUCCUCUCUUAGCUCGUAAACCAUCCACAAAGAACCAAACAUCACGAUCUAAACUCGAGAAAAAGGGAUCAAAAAUCAUAUCAAGCCUCACGGGUGUAUGCUACACAUCUCCUGCUUCAUUGUUGAUGAAGGAAGUAAAAUCAUCAAAAAUUGCUGAACAAGCCUCCAAACGAACCAUGUCAAACAAGCCUAAUUCCUCAGAAACAGUUCAUCAGAUCAUUCAAAAUUCAAAGGUUGGAGAGUCUAUUUCUUCAAAAGACAGAUCUUCCUCUCCUUCAUAUGAUGUACAUAUUCGUCCCUCCACAAGUAAGGUCCCUCAUCCAUUUUCCUCAACAGCCAAUGAAUUUUUCGAGUUCAACAAACAAAUAAUAGAGAACGCUUCUCCGAUAUACAACAAGAACUUGGUCAAAGCGUACUGUGUUCCCCAAAUAAGCUUGAAAAUGAAAGAGAUUUUGAUUCCUGUGGCGGAAGGUGUGACAUCCUCUCACUCUGUUUCCGAAUCACUAAGGAUGUUGAAUAUAAAGAGUAAUCCAACGCAGAAUGAGGUGAAUACAAUUGAAUCUAACAAUAUUUGCGAACAACAGCUGGAAGAGGUUGUUCCUAUUUCUUCUCUUGGUAAAGGUCUUGAAAAGUCCAUUGAUUCUUCAGUUUCUUUAAAUGAGGAAAGCAAAAUUGUGCAUAGUUCUCCUCUCAAAAGCGAAACGAUUUCAAAUAAGAUCGAAACACCAAAGAAAUCAAAACACGCCUUGUCUCCUUCGGCCACAGUAAAGUCAUUGGUAAAAUCGAGGGUUGUAGAGGAAUGGCAGUCCCUAAUUGUAAGUUGA